AUGUUGAAAGGAGUACCGAGAAAGACGAGAGAGAUUGGACUGGUCAUUUCUGAAUGGCUAGCCUUCGUCAGCCAAUCCCACCCAACCCCAGAUUUGGAGGACCUGGAGUUCGAACCCGGGAUAUCUGGUCAUUGGGCGGUAAGUAACCAAACGCUCUGCCACUGAGUUAUUGUCCUGCUGGCUGUGAUCGAGAAUGUGAACAGUUGUGGGUGGACGUUCAGAACGCUUGUCUGUUGGCUCCCAGUCCGGACGCUAGUCCACUUCCAUCCUCCUGACAGGGCGUUGGUGUGACUUAAAAAGUGGGAAAUUAUAGCUUACUUAAACCUUGAAUACGAGGUAAUUUAGACACUUUAAAAUGAAAGUAAGCAUUAAGAAUAAACGGUGUGGUAUGUUCUGCUUUAGAGGCCAAGACAGAGUGCUCUCCACAGAACUACCAGUAUGACUCUGAAGGGUAUAUUAUGGAGUGGCUCUGGUUAGUAGCAAAUCGAUUUAUCCAAUGUCCUUUUGUAUGCUUCGGAGUUGGCAUUCGAAGGAAGAAUGAUCAAGUCACCCUCUAAACCAGUCUCCAUGACUGGUCAUAUGUGUAUCGGCCGUCCACCCUCUCAAGCAGCUGAAAAAGUAAUCUCUACUUCGUUAACCACAAAUUCCACCUGAUAGCAUGGUUUUGAAAUUCCAGUUUCUGUAGAUACCCUCUCACUGGCGACUAAAACUAAGUAACAAGAUUACUUAGAGGAUAUAAAGAAGAUUUGGCGAGUCCGGAGCUUAUGUGAAGGAGCCAAACACCAGUUUUGUGCACAGUCCGGACGCAAAUGAAUACUUGUCUUUGUGUGAACUCUGGUAUUUAGGAGUACUGGUCACGUUGUCAGAACAAUGAUACUCAAGGCUAUAGUCCUUAAGUCGAGUACUUAACACUUGUAGUAUGGGAACACUUAAUUUAAAAACAACAGUAAUGAGUAAUAAGACAGAAGCCAGCCUGGGUAGAUUUAAAUCAAGCUAGCAUAAUAAUUUUUCAAAAUGUUAUAAUAGGUGGAGACUGUUUCGUGCCUAACCGCACAAAACCAAUACGGUGUAAGUCAUCGACUGCAUGCACUUGAGGAGACACGUCCAACAAAGUUCAUUACCAAAGAAGACUACAUGCAGUGCCGAAUAAUAAACUGACCACCGUCAACUUACCUACAGAUGAGACUACAAAAGGAGUGCGAACGUCGCCGGUCCGAAAAAGCCGAUCAUCAGGCAUAAACUUACACCCAGACCAGAGAAAAUCUGGAGGGUCCGUGUAUUAAGAAGAUUGAUGAAUUUGAGAAUAGUUGGGGCACGCUGGGAAAGGCGAGAUACACAACUAUCAUGAAUGGCCUUGUGCAAACGCUCACACAUACCAAUGGUAUCAUGAGGGGUCCGAUGAUCACAUUCCACCUCGCUCGCAGAUCAUAUGCAAACAAGGUGAUGACUGCAACCAAAAUGACUCAGACAGACGUCAAUAAUACCUAUAGCAAAAUCUUCGGGAGAUCAAAAAGCCUGGUUAAACCAAUAUGUCGAAGGCUUUUCAGGGUAAGCUAGGGACAACAAAUUAAGGACCUCUUGGUGGCCACUAGAGGCUCGGAUGUAACACUGUUGAUAUCAAGAAAACCAUAAAUCCUGUGUAUUUUGGCUGAACAGUUUCGAAGCAUCUUUAAUUGCCCACAUUCGGUUAGCAGAGGACGAUCAACAGGUCUUUAAAAGUCAGAAAUACAAGCUGACUCUUGUACUUCGCCAGCCCCGCAGGAAUCGAGCACGGCAGUCCGACAGGUUCCCAUGUAGUGAACGACCGUCAUGGGCUGGCGGGGUUGUGGGUGCGUGUCCACUGCCACUGGGGCGGUUGGUUAACCCAAGUUCCGCGGAGGCAGAGGCGGUUGACGGGGGAGAGGGGAGACUGCUGGUUUUUUGAGUUCAGCUAGCGUGAAGCGAUGCAGAUUUGCUCUGCUAGCUAAAAAAACUCCCGAAACAAGACUUUAGCCUAUGUAUGACUGUGCAAAUGCAUUUUUAAUAAGAUACACGAGCCUCUGUUCACCAGCGACCAUGAGUUAAACAACGAGACAGAAGUAAACAUACAGGGUGACCUGUGGUCAUAGGCUGCACACGCACAAACUGCGGGCCAGCCGUAAAAGCCAGCACCGUGCAUCAGUCGGCACCGACCGUGAAAUACGUUGUAUCCACGGCCACUGACAAUAACCCUCACCCCCUUACCGUAGGUAGUCUCAAACCCGGGAUCCCAGUCUCAAGGAACAUCAAAAUCGCAGCUUGGAUAUCCAAACUCGGUCAGAUCUUCGAGUGACAACGAUUUCUAGCGCAGGACCGUCACAGCAUCCCAAGUAGCAAACUGAACGUGUGUGUGGUCGUAUUGUGGACUACCCUGCUUCAAGGAAUAAAAGUCUCAGUUCGCUACCGAUCUGGGGAGAGAAAACUAGAUCAUUUCAGAUACAUCGGUAGGAACAGUUCUCAGCGCAUAGGUUUUAGAGUCGACCGAGGACAUCAACAGUUUUGCAACGCCAGGACGAGUCAACAGUGAAGGUCACCAUAUUUUGGGAAUGUCAAAUCAGUACCUUCCGGAAUGACUACCAUAUGACGGUGAUGCUGCAGGUAGUCGCAAAUAAGAGGAUCAAAAGCAAGGGUGCUUUAGCACAUUGAUUAUCUCAGCAUAUAUCAGGCAGGUAGGACGAUCUGCAGAGAAACUUGGAACUGCGGUUGCCAGAUUCAUACAUUGCCUGAGGUUAAAGAGAGGCGGGAAAAUGCAGUAGCAGAGCACUGAAAAUAAUGCCACCGAGUGUCAAUCCUUCUCACUGACAACGUCCUUUCAAAGAUUCAUAUUGGUUUUGUGAGGCGUCACCAUAAAAGUGCCAAUAACAGCAACAAGACGACUAAUCUAUGGAAAGUCCUACUUGAACAAUUCCCUGUUCAGUUAAACGUCACCACUGAGACCAAUUCUAUUAGCAGAUGGGGGCAAAGAUCCUGUGUUAGGGUGGAUUCUGACUUUUGUGCUUGAAGAUCAACACACGGAUAGUAUGGUAGAUACGGGGGAGGAGUGCCUGAUCGGUCAGAGUGCUCGAUUUUUACACCUAACCGUCCUGGCUGAAUUUUCCUCCGGAACAGGAUUGGAGACGGGGAAUGGAAUAAAGCUGUUGCUGCGCGGCGUGUUUUCCUUAACAUUCAAAUGAUGAACAUUUGGGCUAGCUCGUCGCCUCAAAUGUCGUGCUUUAGAAAAUUGACUACUGGCGAUAUACCUUGGUCCUUUGGUCUGAAAUCAUAAUUUGGACGGCUUCUUUUUAAAAGGGCUUCUAUACAAAAGCUUGCAGAUGUGAUAUCCCAGUAUGGUAAGUCUGUUUCCUGUCGGCUGGGAAACUGGCACACAUGUGGCAGCUGAGGAAAGGGAGUAAUAACCUUGUCAGUCGUCUUGCCCACAUCCGUCUCCAGUCCUGCCGGUGGAGCGCGGUGGUUGUGGGAGGAAAGGGUUCGAUCGAUGCUGUGACUAACUGGCCAUUACUUGAAUUCCGCGCAAGUCGCCACUGCCUCCCUCUCGCUGUCUUCAGUAGUGGUACUCCCUACCAUGUACGCUGCCCCACAGCCCUCCUCCCCCCCUCCCCCCCAACAGAAAGCGCUGUAGCACUAGUCCUAAUAUUGAGCCAGAAGUUGUGUUAUCUUGCAGUUGUUUCAGUGAAGUCGGACACUUGUCAGCUGAGGAACCAGCAUGUUGGGCACGAGAAAUACGUCACGAACGUUGGGCCAACUGUUGUGCUAACACUCACCUCCAGUAGUCUUGACCCAAUCCACCUACUGGAUUAUUAGGGUCUCGGGAUAGGGGGGGGGGAUCAUUGCCGCACAAACCUUGCUCGAUAUAAGCCGACACAAACGCAAGUCAGUUUCAUUGCUAACACUCCACUCAUCUCCAAAGACAACUGCAAUAUCCAAGUCGUGGACGACCGUUUACAUGUCCUUCCGUAGGCGAUCGGAGCCAAUUUGUCCAGCCUUCUUGUUACAAACACUGAUAAUUAAUAGCGGAAUGCGGCAACUGCCUAGAUAUUUAUCCUGCCCUACUCGGGGGUGCACUAUCUGCUUCCUCGUUCGGGUAGAGAAUAAAAAUCCCUUACCGAGGAUUGCGAAGUAUCCACUUUUGGCUAAGUGGGCUGUUGAGACCGCGCCAUCACGGUAGAACACAAACAAGAUGGCUAGAUCGCAGUUGAUAGCCAGGCCCCGUAUUACAGGUGGCUGGGGGUUUGUUUACUGGUGCUAUUUUGUGGGGUUCCAUAAUCACAUCUGACCCAUUUGGCUUCCGUUUUACAUCUGAGGUUAGGAUUAGGGUACCGGUUGAUGGUUUCCGAUUUUCGGGUUAGGGUUAUGCCUUUAGGCUUAGGUUUUCGAGUUACGGUUAGGGUUUGAGCGUACGAUUAGAUUUCAGUAUUACGGUUAGGUUUUUCAGUUACGGCUACGUCUAAGGGCUACGGUUACGUUUAAGAUUUCGGUUGGGGUUAUGGUUAGGGUUGCCGUUAGGGUUAACGGUUAACUUUAAGGUUGAGGUUAGGGUUAGUGUUAAGGUUAGGAUUGGGGUUAAGGUCGCCGUCCGCUUCCCCAUUCCUGGCUACCAACUGCGAUCUAGCCAACAAAGAUAAACAACUAAUCUUAUUUUGUCACAGUGGCUUCGCUCAUUCUAGUAAUUUGGCACGUCGAGCGACCCAUUAAGGGGCCAUGUAACGUUAGGUAGAGCCAGAAAGUCGGCGAAGCAAGCAUCUCAACUUAGUAAUGCAGUAAAACAAUAUUUGGUGCAAAAUUCCACACUCAUUUAGUUAAUGUUACGGUCAAUAGACUCGAAAGAGAGGCGCCUGCAAUCACCAGUACAUCUCAACAGAUACAGCCUUCCAGGCUAUGGCUGUUAGCGCAUCCCGAUAAUUUCAAAGACGUUGAAUCCGAACUGUCUCGACCUGGAACCUUCUUCUCCCUCCAAUGUCCCUGUGGUCUACUUGAAUCAAAUCAACUUUAAAUGAGAUUGGGCACAGUGAAAAACUCAUUUGUCACCUACGUGCUGCUCUUUCGCUUCACAUGACCAGACUUAGUCAAAAUGCCUGAUUUCCGCAUAAGUGAGAUGUCCACAUUUUCAUGUACGAUGUUUCGCCGCCAUAACGACGCCAGAAAAUCAAAUCACCCGAUUGUCUCAUGAGCAACGUGUGAAGUUUAACUGAUGUAUGUAGACAUAUGGCCGGAUGAACCCGUGCACUUUUGUGCGCGUGAAGAGAAAGGUGGCUCACGGGAGACCUGGGCUGUGUUGCUCUACUGGACCUUUGUGUGUUUGCGACCAUGGUCAAAUAAACCCAUAUGACGGCUGAGUGCCCUGCGACAGAUAUGUUUGACGGCUGUUGGUUGAGGUUCGGGACACUGGCUCUUCACGCAUUCUGUGGUGGACUCGUAGGUGACCGACCAGAUCGACAGGUGAUUCAAAAGUAUGACUGCAAUAGAAACAUGUUGGCAUUCUGAUUUCGCUGCUUGCGGUGGGUGUUGCUUAUGCCGUGGAGGCGUUCCCGUUAUAACGGCACGAAUAUUUAGGACUAGGACAAACCGGAGCUGGAAGCUGGCACUACUAUGAAGAUUGGCUGGAGGGGUGUGUGAUACUUGUGAUGCCAGCGUUUUGUGCUGUGAGAGAUGGGUUACUCAUGUUGACACUACAAUUAACUGACAGGCAGUUGAAUUGAGAAUGGUUCUAUUUUCUUGCCUUGCUUGGGUACACAGCCUCGCAGUGUCCACCGGAAGACUGACAACCCUAUCACCUCACUCAGCAGUUCGGUGAAAAUGGUAAUAGUUGAAUUCGACGAAUGCGCUACAGAUGUGAAAACGCAAAGACUAUAGUUUUUGGUUGGUUGCCGGACAACAGAUCAUAGGUCGUGCACGUCACUGGGGUUCCACCUUGUGCUGGAUUCGGUCCAACAAUCCUCUGGAUAUAAGCCUGUUAAUUGUAGGUAGGGUUAAGACAUUGACAAAAAUAUCGUCUGACGGGGACCAAGGUGUUAUUUCACGGCCGCUUCUGUCCUUGUUAUUUAUUGUGCCUGGGACACAUCAAACUGAAUAACGCAUAAUGCGCUUCUCCGGUGAACGCCUCUCCUUCCUUUGGCAUGCCAAAUGGAAAUUACAUUUCUGCUCCAACCAUCGCCUAAAAUUCCAUUUCUUGUUGUUGUUUAAAAUUGACUAGCAUGCAAAGUUGAGCUCAAGGUUAAUCGAAAUUGGUCCAUUCUCUGCCGGAAUGAAAUCUGAAGGGUGCUAUACGCAGCUAGCGAGUCAAAAUCACAGGAAGCACGACAGGAUAGUAGCCCUGGAUAACCCAAUCCGUGGGCAGGGGCAUGCAACAGCGGGACCUAGGCGUGCUCCUGAGGCUGGAUAUGGUAAAAAAGCAUCUGCGCCCACCAUCGCAUUCCUCAGCAUAUUUGAAGUCAUUGGACCUCCGAGUCCGUAAUCUAAACAUAAAGGAACCUCCAGCGUGGGCACUAGCAAACAAGACGCAGUGGAUGUGUUUUAGGUAUUUGCGCAAUCGGACCGUGACUCGUCAGGAGCGCACAUGUCGAGGAAUUGUAACGUAUAUCGCUCGAUCGGAGAAAUUCCUUGCGGUAAAACCCAAAAAUACCCCUUCUAAACAAUAAUCACACAGUCGCCCCUCAGUCCACUUUUUGUUCCAAACAAGCCCAGGCAUGCUCCUUUCAAUUUCUUUACACACGGAUGAGGUAAACUUGUCCGAAUAUUAUUUCCUAGUAUCAAAUUUGAUUCACCAGGUUUUGGUUUCCUCCUAAAUCACCCUUUCUACAACCUUCGGAUAUGAUUUUUAGCCAGUUCUACCAGGUUCACGGCAUGCGUACUGGUUGAAACUAGGGAAAUGCUAGCAACAACACGGCUAUGUUUCGCUGAAUAGCAUGCAUCGCAGUCGGUUUGUUUAGCAUGCAUCUGAGAGGGUAAUUUUUAGUAAGAAUGAUGAUGGGCUGUCUCCCGAUUGUCUGAAGAUAUUGGUUAGGUCGACCCUGAUGAAUUCUGAAAUAACGUGGGCUCCAGUUGGGUUUUACUUACUGGGAGAUUAGAGCUCGAGAAGGCUGGCAGUGUGACCGAAUCAAACUAUCGACUUCCUUCGUUUCGCACUCAAGUGCGCUUCUGGCAACGGUUGGGUUGAACUACUCUACAAAUUCGUAAGGCAGACGCGCUUUCAUCUGCACGGAAGCUACCAGCAUUGCAGCAAAGGUAUUGUGCCGUUCGACAGUUAACUUGCACAAGUAUGAAGUUUGAGGAUGCAGUGAGCAAAACAUCUGGGUUGAUCGUUCGACCGUCGUUGCCGACGAUGUCCACUGUGUAAUCCACAGCAUGGCGAAGCAGGUACGGUGAAUUGCGCGUGAAUUAGUUUAUAGUGGAUGUAGACUUUCACGGCAUCUCCAGCAUCCUCUCCUUUCCUCUCCUGCACUUGAAUGGGAUGCGAAUACUGCACCAACACCCCGGAGUUUCAGCGGUGAUUUGGGAAAAUCAGAUUUGACCAGUAAGUAUAUACGCAGCGUCGACCACACUCUCUGUUCCCAAAACCACUAUACUUUAGUGGAAAAACUACGUCAGGAAGACCUAAGGUAGGACUAUGUUCAGUGGCUGAGUGAACAAAAGCCCUCGUCUACAUGCACUAGAACCCGGUUGGGCUCCCUCUCAUAACCGUACUUCAGUUCCCACAUAAUUUUCCACCUUUGAGAAGACUUGUCGACUACCCUCAUCGGGGUUGACCUGCCAGUGGGGUUUGUCGUUGGGGUGUGGCCGCAGUGUCUAUAUAAUGCGUCGCUGUGCGACUGCUGUUUGGGCCCAAGAGAGGGCCCGUAAGGCAAAACGGAACGAGUGAGUUCCGUAGAAACUAUCUGUGAGCGCCCCUCAACUAACAGUGACGUGACUCCACAGGUGGGAACUGGGCACUAGGCAAGGCUGGGAAGCGCCACCUCGUGAAAUUAAGUAUUUGACGUGAAUACCGGUCCAUCAAGGCGGUGAUCAUACCACAAGGCAAGUGCAAGAAGCCUGGAUGUCCACCGACUGCUCUGUCAACCGCCACAUCAGUUUGCCUCCCGCCUAUCUGACUUUACGAACCUUGUUAACGGGAGACAGUCACGGGGCGUGACAAUCGGGGCCGCCAGCCAUCUCCGCGGCCAACGGGGGCGAUGCGGAUCACGGUGACAUGCGGGUUUGAUGCAGCCACACAGGCGGCAUUGGCAGGUCACGCACUGAACAAAGUGCGCCAUAUAAGGGGAGCUGUGCGCAGGACUUCCCAGUCUCUGAAGAUGGGUAGACGAACCAACUACCCGAAACGUCGGACCUCCAAUAAACUCCUCCCGGCGAACGCCUCUUCUGCUUUUGAUAUGCCACCUGGGAAUCACUGCUAUUAACUACAACUACCUUCUGCUUCUUGACGUCUCGUCGAUGUCCCAUCACCAGCGGAGAGUCAGUUACCCAGACCAGGAUGUACACAUUCGUUGAUAGCGUUUCAGGAAGAGUUGACGCUGCAAUCUUUGCAAAUGGAAGAUCAAAGACGUGCCAUUUUCUCUACGACUAGAUAGGCGAAUAUCCCAUGUAAGUGUCUCGCAAUAAUCUGGAGCGCGGUCGAUUCUGUAAUGUCUUUUAAUUCCAGUUCAGAGACCUUGGAGGUUGCAUAGGGGCGAGCUGUCAAUAAUCAAGAAAUUUUACCGAGCAGAACAACCCCUAAGCCGGAAGUGGCAGUUUCGAUCUCUCUGAUGCUGAGUUGAUUGUCAGGUCACCUACGAUCGACCUCCAGUACAGUCGACCUAGAUGUGGAUAUCCGUCCGACAUACCAGGUCUUACCUUAUUGCUAAACGAAGACCGGGAUGUGAUGACGACGAUGAGAUCAGGGAGGUCUGUCAGUCUCGGUGUUACAACCAGCAGACCUCCAUCUCAAGGAAAUGGCGACGAGGGAUUGGAAUUCACCUCGUAGGAGUGGCAGAUCGCUCCACGUGCUCGUUGCACGGGGUGAUUGCUCCAUUUGCGUCACAACGUCGGCAAACUCUUAUCUGGGGCCCCACAAAACUGUGUUAUGCGCAACAGCCACUCUUCGCUAACCGCUUCAUCUGAUGACCGCUGUCUUUGGUCUCAUAUUCAGUCCGCUUGACGUAGUCUCCCCAAGUGAUCAUGAUUAAACUCGGAAGGAAAAGUGAGAUCAACGCAACGAAAAUCCCUGUCACUGCAAUUCCCCAUGCAAGUCAUAUUCGUCACUUAGUUACCUUCGGCACCUUCCCACCAACAUCUCCAUCCAUCAUGACAAGUUUCCACGGAGAGGACAACAUGCAACCCCGUAGACGACCCUGCAUAAAUCCGACGGUUUUCUGAUCAUAUCAGUCAUGAAACAUUGUGGAAGCCAACAGCCGCCUAGGAAGUCUUAGCAGCCCUAUUUAGGUACACACAGCUUACUCCCUCAUUAGGAAAGGGGCUAGAAAAGGAUUCCUGAAGAAACACAUAUUCAAACAUUCUCAAUACUGAACUUAACCAUAUUCUAAUUAAAUACCCUGGAAUUGUUCGUCUUAGGCACACUAUUCCAAUUUUGGACUCAGAUUUCUUCAUUUUACUGGGUCUUCUAAAUGCAUACGUCGAUUCUGAGCAGACUUUGUCAGUUGAACCUGAACGUGGAACUAGGCUUCCGUCAAGAACAUUAGUAACUCUCGGAAUUCUGUCUCCUCCAUUGUUCCUAGUCCUUUUAAACCAUGGAAUGUCCAUUCAUGUUCUAACCAUCUUGUGACACUUUUGCUCAUAAUUUUUGGUCUCCUUUGCUCACAGAAAACUGCGUCAAUCAGAACGCGUAGAAUUUCUUUUACAUAUGUCAAGUGCUUAUGGCGUCAAAAAUAAUUCCUCCGCAAACUAGGCAUGUAGGACAACCUAGUGGAGGUUAGUAGGUUGGGGAAAAGUAAAAUUGUCGGGCUAACCACUAUGUUUACUGGUCAGUCUUUUUUCCUCGUCUACCAAGAUUUGGAAGAAUCUUAAAAGCAUCAUCGACCAGCAAACCAGGCUGGUUGAUAUUGGCUUCGGCAUAGGCUCAUUAAACGUAAGACUAAAACUGAGUCAAAUUUUCCUGCGAGCGAUUUCUUAUCCUCACAAAGUGCCUACUGCCUAUUAUUAGCGACUGUGCUUGAUUUAUUAUGAGUGUCGGAUGUCUUCUGUCUAUUUUCGGUAGGCAUGGUUGCGAAGGGUCUUCAAGUGGUCCGUAGUCAGCAGCCGUUGCAUGCGAUGAUAUCUCUCCGCUUCUAUAUAAGCCCUCCUCUGUUGAGCUCGUACUCAUUUUAACUCAUCCUACUAGCAUAUGCUUCAGGUAAUCUACGAUAUCUGGUAGUUCACAUAUUGUCAGAAUCAUUCUUAUCCCUAACAUUUUUACUAAUUAUGAUUCUAAAUACCCCCGCCCCAGUUGCCUGUUCAUAAGACUUUCCGUAGCUUAUUGAAGGAGUGUAUUUCUUGGGAACUACUCUGCUUUCCGUGUUGUUAUCUGUGACCUUCAUUCCAGAAUAGCAUUCAAGUAAAGCUCCCCGGAUGGAUGAAAUUAUGACUUACAGCUUAUUUCUUCCCUUGGACUCAAUUUGUCCUUUCUGACUAGCGUAAAUCCACCCUUACCCCGAGUAAUUGUAGAAUACUCCAAGUUGACAUUCUAUAACAUUAGCUUCCUUCGUUUCACACUGAUGCCCUAAGGUUAACCAAUAAUUGUCUCCAUGUAUAACAUUCUCAAUACCUCAGUGGUUGUCAUCCUGCCAAGAAUAGUGUCGGUCCCCGACCUUUUAGAGAGGGUUUCAAUUACGUCACAGCAUAGUCUUCAACAUGUAUUUGUCUGUUAAUGGCAGGAAAUCCAUUCAGCUGGUUUGUAGACUCUGGCUAUUCAGUAAUCCUGUGUACUUUGUCAUUCUACACAGUGUAGUGUCUUAAAUCCAUUUUUAACGCGAUUCGCACAACUGGGUAAUAUAUUAUAAUCUUAAGUUCGUGGUAAAGCCCUCCAUCCGUGGUCUGACGAUUUAUUACUGCCCGUUUUCACCUCCUUUUCUACUACCAUUACCCUGUCACGUUUCUAGUCCUCAUCAUAGAGAGAGAAGAAGGAGAAAAAGAAGAAGAAGAAGAAGAAGAAGAAGAAGAAGAAGAAGAAGAAGAAGAAGAAGAAGAAGAAGAAGAAGGAUAUUCCCACUCCGAAGCAUGUCUGUCGCAUAUCCUCUUCUGCUACAGAGGCCUCUAGUUACUUUGUAGUGCAUACCGUAGCAUAA